UUGUUUCUCGAUAGCCCCUUUACGAUAUUCACAUAUUUGUUUGUAGAAUCUUAAUUGGAGUUAUUUGUUUGUUAGCUGGCAUCUAUCCUAAAUUAAAGUUGUUAACAUCUUUUAACAAACAUGUUCCACAUGAUAAGACGUCAACUGGGUCAGCAAAUUGGCCAAAAUUUACGUUUGACACCUCGACGCACGUUCGCCUCUACAAUUGCAUUGUUCAAAGAUGUCGCAGCUAAGAUUGAUACGAACGCGGCAGAGCCUGCACGUAUACUUGUGGAGAAAGAUAAAAAUAUUACGCUAAUCGGCAUAAAUCGUCCACAACAACGCAACGCCAUCGAUUCGAAAACCGCCUCGCUGCUUUGUGAAGCGUUCUCUGCUUUCGAGGCGGAUGAUACGUCGCCGGUGGCAGUGCUCUAUGGGGUGGGUGGCUCGUUCUGCUCGGGAUUUGAUAUACUUGAGAUCAGCACUGACGAGAAGGAGGAGAUAAGCGUUGAUAUUCUGAUGCGUCCCGAGGGAUCGGUGGGCCCCACCCGUCGCCACAUCAAGAAGCCGGUCAUCUGCGGCAUCAAUGGCUACUGCAUAGCCAAUGGUCUGGAGCUCGCGCUGAUGUGUGAUUUGCGGGUCAUGGAGGAAUCCGCUGUAUUGGGCUUCUUCAAUAGGCGCUUCGGUGUACCUAUGCUAGAUGGUGGCACUGCACGUCUGCCCGCCAUGAUUGGCCUGUCCCGUGCGCUGGAUUUGAUCUUGACUGGACGUCCAGUGGGCUCACAGGAGGCACACGAUAUUGGUCUAGUCAAUCGCAUAGUGCCCACAGGUACAGCGCUGGGCCAUGCUCUGGAGCUGGCCAUGUGCUUAUCCAAAUUUCCGCAACGCGCACUCAAUCAUGAUCGCAACUCGGUUUACUCGGCUUCGUUUGAGACGUCAACGUUCCACCAGGCGGUGCAGAACGAGGUCAUGUACACAUCUCCAGAAAUCAUCGAGGACAUGCAGAAUGGCAUCAAGUGGUUCAAUAACACGUUCAAGGCAGAUACGACGCAUUCGUGGCUAAAACGUGAUCGUUCCAUGGCCGAUUGGGAUGACGAAGAUGUAGCUGUGGCAGCUGCUCAGAAAGAGAUCAAGAAGCAAGAGGCAGAGGCCGCAAUUGUUGAAGCCGAGAAACAAAAGCAAGCAGAGAAGGCCAAGAGCAAGUCCAAGAAAGCAGCUGAACCAAAACCAUCUGUGGAAAAAGCCAAAAAGGACUGCAACGAAGGCGAAAACAUUAAUGUAACCAAAAAGGAGAACGAUAAAUAAGGAAAACCUUUGUAUAUAUGAGACAAACUAAAAUAUUAUGUAAAUAACAUCAUUCUUACAUGCAGUUCAGAUUUGAAAAAUUUGAAUUUCUUUAUUUAUUUAAAUACAUAACAUACAUAAAG